AUGGAGUCGUCGGUCCACACCCAUGCCCCACCCUCCCGUGGGCGGCAGGCCGUACUCGAGUGCCGUGCAGAAGUCAUCGUCCUUCUGCUCGAGUGGAGGAGGUUGAAGGAGGAGAGGGGCGCAACGAGUGGAGGUAAGGACAAGGGGAAGUGGCAAGCCCGUGUCUUCGCCUCACACUUCCGCGCCCCACCCCCCUCCCCCACCCUUCCUCCUUUGCCCAUCCCCCCUCUACCCCUUCCCCCCCCUGAGCACCUCACUCCUGACCCUUCCACCAUUCACACCUUCGUGGCCUCAUCAUCACCAGCCACCUAUUGUGCCCUCCUCACAUCCCUUCCCACCCUUCCCCUUCUGCCCUUCUGCCCCUCUGCCCCCCCACUACCCUUCCCCUUCUGCCCCUCUGCCCCCCACUACCCUUCCCCUUCUGCCCCUCUGCCCCCACUACCCUUCCCCUUCUGCCCCUCUGCCCCCCACUACCCUUCCCCUUCUGCCCCUCUGUCCACCCACUACCCUUCCCCUUCUUCCCCUCUGCCGCUCUGUCCCCCCACUACCCUUCCCCUUCUGCCCCUCUUCCCCUCUGCCCCCCCACUACCCUUCCCCUUCUGCCCCUCUUCCCCUCUGCCCCCCCACUACCCUUCCUCUUCUGCCCCUCUGCCGCUCUGCCCCCCCACUACCCUUCCCCUUCCACCACCCCACCCUCCUCCGCCUCUGCCCCACUCGCACCUUCAUGGCCUCAUCAUCGCCAGCCGCCCGGUCCUUGCCCUGAUUGGCGAACAGCUGGCGCUGCCUGAUUGGGUCGUUCAGCUCCGUGUACGCAUUGCACACCUGCAAGGCAGGCAGGUGAGGUGA